AGAACUUGAUACUGCAUCAGUACAGUGAUGCUCAGACUGAAAUUCAGAAACUGCCGUCUUACUUCGACACCUUCUCGUAAUUACAUUCACAGCAAUGCUGUUCGAUCAAACCUUCACUCGACGAAUCUGAAACUGGGAGAUUUAUCCAAAUCUGGCCGAAUCGAGGAAGCCCGCCAACUGUUCGAUAAAAUGCCUGAGAAAGAUGAGUACACUUGGAACACAAUGAUCGUCGCUUACUCCUCUUCAGGGAGACUCUCCGACGCGAAACACCUUUUCCAUAGAAACCCAGUGAAGAAUACAAUCUCCUGGAACGCUCUAAUCUCUGGGCAUUGCAAGAACGGAAGCAAAGACGAAGCUCUAAGUUUGUUUUGGGAGAUGCAGCUUAAAGAAAGAAGCUUUAACGAGUACACUUUAGGUAGCGUUCUAAAGAUGUGUGCUUUGCUUGGUUUGCUUCUCAGAGGUGAACAGAUUCAUGGGUGUACAGUGAAAACAGCGUUUGAUUUUGAUGUUGGUGUGGUUAAUGGUUUACUCGAUAUGUAUGCACAAUGCAGACGCGUCUCUGAAGCUGAGUAUAUCUUUAAGACAAUGCCAGCUGAGAGGAGGAAUAACGUUACAUGGACUUCAAUGCUCACCGGCUACUCUAGAAACGGGUUUGCUUACAAGGCGAUUGAGUGUUUUAGGGAUAUGAGGAGAGAAGGAACCCAACCGAAUCAGUUUACCUUUCCAAGCGUUUUGACGGCUUGUGGUGUGGUUUGUGCUCGUAGGGUUGGUGUUCAGGUGCAUGGAUGCAUAGUUAAGAGUGGUUUCAAGACCAACAUCUUUGUUCAGAGCGCGGUGAUUGCCAUGUACGCUAAAUGCAGAGACUUGGCAACCGCGAGAGCCUUGUUGCAAGAUAUGGAAGUUGACGAUGUGGUUUCUUGGAACUCGUUGGUUGUUGAGUGCGUUAGAGAAGGUUUUAAGGAAGAAGCUCUGUCUCUGUUUAGAAGAAUGCAUGAGCGGGAUAUGAAGAUAGACGAGUUCACACUCCCUUCAGUUUUGAACUGUUUCGCCUCCUCUAGAACAGAGAUGAUGAAGAUAGCUUCCUCUGUGCAUUGUCUGAUUGUGAAAACUGGAUAUGGAAGUUAUAUGCUUGUGAGCAACGCUCUUGUGGAUAUGUAUGCUAAAAGAGGAACCAUGGAUUCAGCGCUGAAAGUGUUUGAAGGGAUGGUUGAGAAAGAUGUGAUAUCUUGGACGGCUCUAGUCACAGGGAACACACAUAACGGAGCUUAUGAAGAAGCGUUGAAGCUGUUCUGUAAGAUGAGAGGAGAUGAAGGAGGCAUAUCUCCUGAUCAGAUUGUUACAGCGAGUGUACUAAGCGCCUCUGCUGAGUUAACUCUACUGGAGUUUGGGCAGCAAGUACACUGUAACCACAUCAAAUCUGGCUUCCCUGCCUCUCUGUCAGUAGAUAACUCUCUUGUGACAAUGUACACAAAGUGCGGAAGCUUAGAAGACGCCGAAGCAGUUUUCAACUCCAUGGAAACCAAGGAUCUGAUCACAUGGACUGCUCUGAUAGUUGGUUACGCGAAAAACGGCAAAGCUAAAGACUCUCUGGAAUUAUACAAUUUGAUGAUAGACAAUGGCAUAAGACCGGACUACAUUACCUUUAUCGGUUUACUAUUCGCUUGCAGUCACGCCGGUCUCAUAGAAGAAGCUCAACGCUACUUUGAGUCUAUGAGAACAGUUUACAGAAUAGCACCAGGACCUGAACACUACGCGUGUAUGAUUGAUCUCUACGGCAGGUCCGGCGAUUUCGCCAAAGCAGAGGAGUUGCUGAAUCAAAUGGAGGUUGAGCCAGACGCAACCGUAUGGAAAGCGAUCUUAGCUGCUAGUAGGAAGCAUGGGAAGAUAGAAACCGGAGAAAGAGCGGCGAGAACUCUCAUGGAGUUGGAACCAAACAACGCUGUUCCUUAUGUCCUGUUAUCAAACAUGUACUCUGCAGCGGGGAGACAAGAGGAAGCUGCGAAUAUCCGUAGGCUGAUGAAAUCUCGGAACAUAAGCAAAGAGCCUGGUUGCAGUUGGGUUGAAGGGAGAGGGAGAGUUCAUAGCUUCAUGUCUGAAGAUAGAAGACAUCAGAGAAUGGUUGAGAUUUAUUCAAAGGUUGAUGAGAUGAUGCUUUUGAUCAGAGAAGCUGGUUAUGAACCGGAUGUGAGUUUUGCACUCCAUGACUUGGAUAAGGAAGGGAAGGAGCUUGGUUUGGCUUACCAUAGUGAGAAACUAGCUGUAGCGUUUGGUCUGCUUGCUGUACCGGAUGGAGCUCCGAUUCGGAUCAUCAAGAACCUCCGUGUCUGUGGGGAUUGCCACAGUGCUAUGAAGUACAUAUCGAGAGUUUAUCUGAGGCAUAUCAUCUUGAGAGAUUCGAAUUGUUUUCAUCACUUUAGAGAUGGAAGCUGUUCUUGCGGAGACUAUUGGUGACAUUUUGCAUUUAUAAAAAUUGGAAAAUUCUGCAUCUGUAUACAACAAU